CCCAUAGACUGUUAAUUGCGGGCGAGGGAGAGACUCACAGUCGCUCUGCUUCUCCUAUCCCUCCGAUCCCUCCCUCUCUCUCUCUCUCUCUCUGGAGUCCUUUACUCUUCCAGCUUCGAUCUGUCUCCCUAGGGUUUCCGCCUUCGUCUUCCUCGCUCCGCAUCAGCUCCUCCGCUCCAAGUUCGUCGUCUCCAGCACGCAGGAAUGCCUCUCAGGCUUGACAUUAAGCGGAAGUUUGCGCAAAGAUCCGAGAGAGUGAAGUCUUUGGAUCUGCAUCCAACUGAACCAUGGAUCCUUGCAAGUCUUUACUCAGGAACUGUGUAUAUCUUGAACUACCAGUCACAGACCAUGGCAAAGUCAUUUGAAGUCUCUGAAUUGCCAGUUCGGUCAGCAAAAUUCGUAACGCGAAAGCAAUGGGUAGUUGCUGCAGCCGAUGACAUGUGUAUACGUGUUUACAAUUACAAUACCAUGGAUAAGGUUAAAGUCUUUGAAGCACACAGUGACUACAUUAGAUGUGUGGCUGUCCAUCCAACACUUCCAUAUGUUUUGUCAUCAUCUGAUGACAUGCUUAUCAAACUGUGGGAUUGGGAAAAGGGGUGGAUGUGUACUCAGAUAUUUGAAGGGCAUUCUCACUAUGUCAUGCAAGUGACAUUUAAUCCCAAAGACACCAACACUUUUGCAAGUGCUUCCCUUGAUCACACUGUUAAGAUUUGGAAUCUUGUCUCCCCUGACCCAAAUUUUACAUUGGAUGCCCACCUGAAAGGGGUCAAUUGUGUUGAUUACUUCACUGGUGGUGAUAAACCGUACUUAAUCACGGGAUCUGAUGAUCACACUGCAAAGGUAUGGGACUAUCAAACAAAAAGUUGUGUUCAGACACUUGAAGGACACACUCAUAAUGUAUCUGCAGUAUGCUUCCACCCUGAACUUCCAGUUAUAAUUACUGGUUCUGAGGAUGGAACUGUUAGAAUAUGGCAUUCAACCACUUACAGGCUUGAAAACACAUUGAAUUAUGGGCUGGAACGUGUUUGGGCUUUUGGGUAUAUGAAAGGAUCACGUCGGAUUGUUAUUGGUUAUGAUGAAGGAACCAUUUUGGUAAAAAUUGGUCGAGAGGUACCGGUUGCUAGCAUGGAUAGUAGUGGGAAAAUAAUCUGGGCCAAGCAUAAUGAAAUCCAAACUGUGAAUAUCAAAAGUGUGGGAUCAGAUUUUGAGAUUACAGAUGGAGAAAGAUUACCAUUGGCCGUGAAGGAGUUGGGAACCUGUGAUCUUUAUCCUCAAAAUUUGAAGCACAACCCCAAUGGAAGGUUUGUUGUUGUUUGUGGUGAUGGAGAGUACAUAAUAUACACAGCUCUAGCAUGGAGAAAUAGAUCCUUUGGCUCGGCAUUGGAGUUUGUCUGGUCAUCAGAUGGAGAAUAUGCUGUUAGGGAAACAACAUCAAAGAUCAAAAUUUUCAGCAAAACGUUCCAGGAAAAGAAGAAUAUCCGACCUACAUUUUCUGUUGAACACAUUUAUGGAGGGACACUAUUGGCAAUGUGUUCAAAUGACUUUGUAUGCUUCUAUGACUGGGGGGAAUGCAGAUUGAUUAGACGAAUUGAUGUCAAUGUUAAGAAUGUUUAUUGGGCUGAUAGCGGUGAUUUGGUGGCAAUUUCUAGUGAUUCAUCAUUCUACAUUCUAAAAUACGAUAGGGAUGUAGUCUCUUCUUAUUUUGACAGUGGAAGGCCAGUUGAUGAACUAGGUGUUGAGGAUGCUUUUGAGCUGCUUUUUGAGAUAAACGAGCGUGUCCGAACUGGAUUAUGGGUUGGCGACUGUUUCGUUUAUAAUAACUCCUCCUGGCGACUCAAUUACUGUGUUGGUGGUGAGGUGACCACAAUGUUUCAUCUGGACCGGCCCAUGUACUUGUUAGGAUAUCUUGCCAAUCAAAGUCGUCUUUUUCUUAUUGAUAAAGAGUUCAAUGUCAUGGGAUACUCCUUGCUUCUCAGCUUGAUUGAGUACAAAACACUUGUUAUGCGUGGAGAAUUAGAGCGUGCCAAACAAAUUUUUCCAACAAUUCCCCAAGAGCAACAUAACAGUGUGGCUCGGUUUUUGGAAUCUCGAGGGAUGUUGGAGGAUGCACUGGAAGUGGCUACAGAUCCUGACUACAAAUUUGAUCUUGCCAUACAGCUGGGUAAUCUGGAGAUUGCAAAGGAAAUUGCUACUAAAGCAGAGAGUGAAUCCAAAUGGAAGCAGCUGGGAGAUUUAGCUAUGUCCUCUGGGAAGUUAGAACUUGCUGAAGAUUGCCUAUUAUAUGGAAUGGACUUUUCUGGCUUGCUACUCCUGUAUUCUUCUCUUGGAGAUGCUGAAGGAAUAUCAAAACUUGCUUCAAUUGCUAAAGAGCAGGGAAAGAAUAAUGUUGCAUUCCUUUGUUUGUUCUUGCUGGGUAAAUUGGAAGAAUGCAUCCAGCUGUUGCUAGAUAGUGAGCGGAUACCUGAAGCAGCUUUGAUGGCACGAUCUUACCUACCCAGCAAGGUGUCAGAGAUAGUUUCAAUUUGGAGAAAUGACCUGAACAAGGUUAAUAAAAGAGCUGCAGAAUCUUUGGCAGAUCCCCAAGAAUAUCCUAAUUUGUUUGAGGACUGGCAGAUUUCUCUUUCCCUUGAGUCUAAACGCACUGAAAAUAGUGGCAAUUAUCAACCAGCUGAGCAGUACCCAGUCUAUGCUUCUGAGAAGCCAGCCAGCAGUCUUGUUGAAUUGUUCAAAAGCAUGCACAUUGAUGAAGAAGAAGCCGCCCCAGUUGAAAAUGGAGAUCUGGAUCAUGAGGAGUUAGAGGAGAAUGGAGAAGAUCAAGGUGAAGUACAUACCAUUGAGGAGGACUCAGACUCCAUGAAUGGUGUUGUUCUUGUGAAUGGCACCCAGGAGGAAGAGUAGCCUACAAAUGCUGAGAGAAGUUCAUCAACAUAAAAUCAAUCUUCAUGAUGACUUGUAAAACGUUCCAAUGUACAACCUGGAAAGGUUCCCUUGUAGUUUCCAUUAGGAUAGUUAUAUUCUUGUGAUACUUUACAAUUUAUAUAUUACAACACAGUGACACACCUUAUAUUAGGUUGCCAGAAAGAGACCCAUCCAGGGGCCCCGUGGCUGCGGGUGGCCUUUGAUUUUGUAGCUAAAUGAAAUCUUUAUCUUGAUCACAUGUAACAUAUACAAUGAUGUGGUGUUGGGCAUUAGAAAAGGAAAAAAAAAUGUUUCGUUUUUGUUUUUCGGUGGAAAUAAACGUUUGUUAAUGACAAUGUUAAUCCCAUUUGAUAUAAAUUUGUUCCCUUCUUUGUGUGCUUA